AUGGCCCAGCAGACAAUACUAUCCGAGAUGAAUACCGCGUUCGCCCAUGCGGUCUACGAGGCUCGCUGGUCCUCCUUCUUCGGAGCGAUGGGUUGCGCAGCCUCCAUCAUCUUCACAGUCCUGGGCGCAUCCUACGGCACCGCCAAGUCAGCCGGGGCAAUAUUCUCCUCGGGGAUAAUCCGCCCAGGUCGGCUGAUGCAGAACACGCUCUGUGCGAUCAUGGCUCAGAUCCUCUCCAUCUACGGCCUGGUAGCCAGCGUUAUCAUCUCGGGCGACUUAGUCGAGAAGAUGCCCUUGCACCAGGGCUUCCUCCAGCUAGGCGCCGGUAUCAGCGUCGGGCUUAGUGGCCUCGCGGCUGGAUUCGCCAUCGGCAUAGUUGGGGAUGCGGGAGUAAGAGCUAGUAGUCAGCAGCCGCGACUCUACAUCGGCAUGGUUUUAAUCCUAAUCUUCGCCGAAGUCCUUGGUCUUUACGGCGUCAUCGUUGGAAUCCUAAUGUUAACCAAGUCGAAGGAGAACGUCACUCAGUGUCUGUACUGA